UAGCUGAAACAUCAGAGCCUUGAAUGAGAAGUGGGAGCUCAGGUGAAUUCUGGACAUGCUCCAUAACAUUUCUGCUGUUUGUGUGAUAAGGCACUAAUUUCAGUAUGUUAUUGUUGAAGAGCUCAAGGAUGUCUGGUGUUGGGAACACGGAGUCCCAGAUGAAGCAAGAGGUGAACCUAUAACUGAAUGGGUGAAAAAGAAAACUAGGGGAACAGUUUUCUCAUUCCUCUAUUUCACCAUCCAGACCCUAUGACCAUGUUUAGAUCAUUCCACUGCAUCUGUCUCUGCUGGAUUUCUGUGUUGAUCCUCCUUUAUGGAUUUGUACCCUGCACUUCUAACAUUUCAACCCAGAAUCAGCUUCCAAAUGUAACUGUUGUUCAGGACCAGGAGGAUACAGGCUGGGAUUCACCAUUUCUUCAGCUGAGAGCCAGUCUACCAUCCUUCUCGCAGCCAAUCCGUCCGUACACUCUGCUGACAAACACUGAAGAUUAUCACUACAUGCCCAAACCCAGACAUCGCCGGCCUUCUCGCCUUCUGCGUCUUCUGGGAUCCUCUUUUGACCCAUUCUGGAUGUCCAUAGAGCAGCCAUCUGAGGCUUCCGGUAGUGACGGCGAUGGACGACCUUUCCUGCAUGGGGACACGCUUCCUGUCAAAUUACCCAACUACCCCACCAUCAGAAAGAAGUUGAACCUGAGUUCUAUUCCAGAGCUGAGAGAGGCUGCAGCAAACCAUUGGCAGAGACUGGAGAGGGAGGCUGCAGGUCUGGACUUCAGUUCUCUGCCCUUAGAUGUUGCCAGUUCACUUCAAUUCUGGCUGGUGCGCUCUGCCAUGUGCGAAUUACACUUCAAGUGGACAGAUCUGGGCCCAGCUUUCUGGCCUCGCUGGUUGCGGCAGACUGAUUGCCAAAGAUCAAACGGAGGGCGAAGUUGCUCCUUUCCCAGUGGGAUGGAGUGUGUGAGAGCUCAGACAACAAACAUAAAGAUUCUGGCUUGGCACUGCCUGGAAAUCAGAGAUGGAGCUGAUGGAUCCAGAGAGAUUAAAGGUGAAAGGCAUAAUGACAGCGUUGAGGUGGGGACAAGUGAAGCAAUGAAAAGGUGUUUAUGGAGGCAAGUGCCUUAUCCUGUGGUCACAGCAUGUACCUGUUCAUGUAAAUGAAUGCUUUUCUCACCAAAACCUCAGAGUUUCAGCCCUCAUCAGAAGCUUAGUUUCUAUAUGCAUAAUGUGUAUUUUACUAUCAUUGACUAAUUUAUAUUGACUCAUUUUCCAAAUCUAAACAUUUGCUACUUUUAAUUACCCAAUGAGACAUUGCAUGUACUUAAUGUUUCUGGUUUUCAGCAGAAUUUCAGCAGCAGAAACAUGUUGUUUUUUCUCUUAUCUGGGAAAGAUUUUUCAGCAACAUCACUCUCUCCAGGCACUCUUUUUGACGACAAGGGAGUUGACAGUCUAACCACAGUCCUCUAUUAUUGUUUUAUGGAAGCAGCUGUGAAAUGAAGUGCCCAUGAUGAUCUACUACAUAGGCUAUUCCUUUACUCUGUAUCUCUACUUUCAAAUAUUUCAACCUUUCUGUCACAAGUCUGCCUCACUAAAAGUCAAGUAGAUGUCUGAUAUUAAUAAUGCAAAACUAUGAAGUAUCUACUAUCAACAAACCUGUAGCCUUAUAUUGUGAAUUUCCCUUGUGGAUUAAUAAAGUAUCUAUCAUCUU